CGUCUGUUCAUGCUCGCUCACUUUCAGUUAUUCCACUUAGUUACGUUGUUUAUCUAAGCGGUUUUAAAUUAGUGUCACUCCUUUAUUUGUAUACAAUAUUAAAUAUGCUCUUUCCUUCUCUCUGAAACGCCAUCCCUUUUGUUCUCCUUUAGUCUCUCCCCUCUCACACGCCUUCUCUGUUGUUCCAAGUUUCAUUUUGUUUGGGUUUCUGUGGAAGGUGAUUGAAUUAUGGGGCAGCCAUUGGGACAGUUAAAAGUUACAAUUGUACAAGGGAAAAGAUUGGUAAUCCGGGAUUUCAAGAGCAGUGAUCCUUAUGUUAUAGUCAAGUUGGGAAAUCAGACAGCAAAGACCAAGGUUAUCAAUAGUUGCCUUAAUCCAGUCUGGAAUGAAGAGCUGAGUUUCAAUCUCACAGAACCUGUUGGAGUUCUACACUUGGAAGUAUUUGAUAAAGAUCGAUUCAAGGCAGAUGACAAGAUGGGACAUGCUACCCUCAAUCUCCAGCCAAUAGUCUCUGCUGCUAGACUGCGGCAUGUUGUACGUCUUUCUUCUGGGGAGACACCUUUGAGGAAGAUUGUCGCAGAUUCGGACAACUGCCUUGCCAGAGAGAGCUCAAUCAGUUGUAUAAAUGGUGAAGUGGUACAGAAUGCUUGGUUAAAGCUUUGCGAUGUCGAGUCAGGGGAGAUUGAACUAACACUGAAGUUAAUUGAUCCUCCUGUUGUGCCUUCAAGAUAG